AUGAUUCAGCUUGUCCUUGGUCAUGAUAUCGGUGCGGGCUCUUCAUGCUUUAAAUGUGCUUGUCCUGGUCUCGAGCUUCAUUAUUGGAGAAAAAUUUGUAAAAUUUGUUCUUGCCGAAUGGAUGAUCAUGAUGUUAUUUUACCUGAAAAUAUGGAUCAUGGUAAAGUCAUUAUUGGUCGUUUAUUUGAUGUCAUCCCUGAAUUUGAACGAAAACUUAAUAUUUCAACGAGAACGCUGAAUAAAAUGAACUCUGAAAUAAAUGAAGUCAUUAACUUAUCUUCUCAAAAAAGGAAUAUGGUGAAAUCUUUGAUGAAGAAAGGAAACGACAAAUGUGUUGAAUUGAUCACAGAAUAUACAUGGUUGCCAUCUGAAAAUCGUUCAUUAGCGGAAAAAUAUUUUGCGGCAAUACCGGAAAAUGAACGACCAAUUGUUGGUAGUGAAGGUGCAAAAGAUCGACGUAAAAAAUUGCAAUAUCAGUUGCCUAAUCAUGACUCAAAUGCCGAUAUGGCAAAAUCUUUGGUUUCUGAAGCUGAUCAUGAUCAAUUUACAAAAUAUUUGACAGUCGUUAAACGAAAGAUUGUUGGUGUUGGAAAAUUGAUAGAAUGCAACAAUUCUGUUCGGAAUAGUAAUGGUGAGAAACAAAAACUUAACAAAAAUGCGAAUAAAAAGAAAGAUUAUGGGAAGUGUAACACUUGUGGGAUAUUCAUGCAGCCUGGAGAUGUUGCAAUCGUUACCGAUCAUGGAUCGCCAGAUAAUGUGUGGCAUCCAAACUGUUUUCGCUGUCAAACAUGUAAUCAACGGUUAGUUGAUUUAUUGUAUUUCUAUAAAGAUGGAAACUAUUUUUGUGGUCGCCAUUUCGGCGAAUCGUUGUAUUGUCGUUGUGCUGGUUGUGAUGAGUUGAUAUUUUCAAAAGAAUACACAUAUGCUGAGGAAAAAAAUUGGCAUUUUGAUCAUUUUUGUUGUUUCGGUUGCGAUAAACAAUUAGGUGGUCAUCGAUAUAUGAUGAAGGAUGAACAGCCUUAUUGUUUUGCAUGUUACAUGAUUAGAUUCGCCAAGACUUGUCGCUUUUGCCUAAAUAAAAUCGCUCCUGAUGAGCAAAGAAUUUCGUUCAAAGAAUUACACUGGCAUGCUCAACACAGAUGUUUUCAUUGCCAGAACUGUAAUAUGGAACUUCUCAACCGUAAAUUUGUUAUUAAAACGGAAAAAGUUUUUUGUAGUACGGAAUGCAAGAAGGAUUUUUUCAGUCGAAUUUCAUAA